UGACUCCCUCUUGUGCGGCGAGGGCGAGAGAUAAUCGGCGUCUAUAAAGCCGACUUGUGGGGAGUGAUUUACAGAAGAGAGAGAGCUACUCAAGCCAAGCGCAGAGAAAAACCCUCAACUAACUGUGUCCGUGAACGCUGCGAAGAUAGAUUCGGAUCGAAAGAGGAAGAAAGAUUCGAUCUCGUCGGCAGAUCGAACGGCGGAGAAGGAUAGGGCGAGGGAGAGGGAGAGAGGAGAUCGAGAAAGGGAGAAGGAGAGGGAGCGGGAGAGAAGGGAGAAGAGAAAGAAGAGCAAGAUGGCGAGUAGCGGCCAGGUGAGGGCAUCGCACAUUCUGAUAAAGCACCAAGGGUCUCGCAGGAAAGCCUCAUGGAAGGAUCCGGAAGGCAGAGUAAUCAUGAAUACCACUCGUGAUUCCGCCGUCUCUCAGCUCAAGGCCCUCCGCGAGGACAUCGUUUCUGGAAAAGUUAAGUUUGAGGACCUCGCGUCCCGAUUCUCUGACUGCAGCUCUGCCAAGCGCGGCGGAGAUCUCGGUCCUUUUGGCCGAGGGCAGAUGCAGAAACCCUUUGAGGAAGCAACCUUUGGUCUCAAGGUUGGUGAGGUAAGCGACAUUGUGGAUACAGAUAGCGGUGUUCACAUCAUCUUGAGAACUGGCUGACUUAACAUCAACCAAAUUAAUUCCACAUGCUCAGCAAAUACGAUCCAAGGAAAUUCUCGGAUUGUUCUUUCCUAUUUUUUGGCAAAGUAUAAUUGCAAUAUGACCAUCUUAUGAUAAUCUCUGCCUAGAGCUAUUCUUAUAUGUGGUAUCUCAAUGGUGCAGAUGUGUACCUUGGAUUAUGCUUUUCGAUUGGAUUUUUAGACUUUUGAUUUCGGUGACUGGGUGACUGCAGAAUUUUAGGCUCUGAUUUAUUUCUCUAUUUGCUUUUGGUUUGAUUUUUAGACACUCUUGGUUUGGUUUGCUUUUGCUUCUGGUUUGGAUGGUGCUUUUGAUAUCUUCGUUUGUUUCAAUGUUAUGAAAAUUUAGUUAUUUUCA